CCUGCGCCGCCCGGCGCCUCCCUUCUCUUCCCUUCCCUUCCCUCCCUCAGCCCCGCCGCUGCCGUGAGGGCACGGCCCGGCCCGGUCUCGCCAUGAAGCUGCACUUCAGCAUCACCGCCGCCGAGGAGCUGCGGGAGAGGGGCGGAGGGCGCUACGUGCUGUACUCGGUGUGCCUGGAGGGCUUCCUGCUCGGCAAGGCGCGGUACAGCCAGCUCCGCCGCUGGGACGCGCAGCUGAGGCAGCUUUUUGGGAAUGCUGUGCCUGCUUUCCCUCCAAAGUUUUACCUGGUAAUGACCAAGUCGAUGGCAGAUGAGAGACGGUCUCAGCUGGAGCAGUACCUUCAGAAUGUUACUUUGGAUUCAAAUAUUACCAAUAGUGAUGUCUUCAUAGGUUUUUUCAGAAAGCUACAGCAGGAUACAUUUAAGAUCCAAACCCAGAGAGCCUUUUUGGAUGUUUACCUCGCUGAUGGCAGCAAUAUUAGACUUGAUAUCCAGACAUCGGACACUGCAGAAAGAAUAUUAGAGGUUACAUUGUGCAAGAUGGGGCUGUCAAGAGAAUUAAUAAAAUAUUUUAGCUUAUUUUUCUUUCAAGAUCAUGAUGAUGGAGCACUCUCUGUGGUGAAAAAAGUGGCAGAAUUUGAACUUCCUUAUGUGAGUCUUCAGAGCAUGAAAGAGUUGCACUGUAAGCUUGGGAUCAGAAAGUGGUAUAUGGAUCCUUCUCUUGACACACUGCUGAUGGAUUGUAGAGCUUCACUGAAUUUGCUAUAUAUGCAGGCAAUCCAGGAAGUUAAGAGGAAUUGGGUUAAACCGACAGAAGGGCAGAUGCAGGAACUUGAAUUUCUACAAGAAAAUGCAAACAAAGCAAAGUUCCUGGAGUUGAUUCGAGAAGUGCGGUUCUAUGGAUAUGUACGGCUUGAUCCUUGCAUUUGUGACUAUCCAGAAGGUGGCUGCUCAGCUGACAUCUAUGUCGGCAAUAACGAGAUUAACUGCUGCAUAAAACUGCCUAUUAACCAAACCAAAGAGGUCAGCUUUAAAAUCAACAGGUUAAGAAGUUGGCAGGUUACUUUUCUUGGUGCUACAAAGGAUGGCGAAGAAGACACUCUGGAGCUCAGGUUUGAGUACAAUGAUUCAGGCACAUGGCAGUGGAUAAUUUUGUACACAAAACAGAAGUGUGAGGAAGAGCUAAAGGCCAGAAAUGUGCUGCUGUGUGGAAGAAACAAGGGUUUGAUCCAAGAGCCCACUGCAGAAGAUGGAAAGACUGGAUGAUUUGGAGCUUAGUCAGAGAUAGGUGCCCCCUCCAUCACUGAUCUUGUAGGAUAUUUUGUCUUUGAUUCAUCUCUCGGUGCUUGACAGCAUACCUGAGAUGCUUCUUUUUUGGAGGGUAAGCAGUGAGGUGCAUCUCCAGAGCGCAGUUCAGACCUUAACUUGGGCUGCAUCAUCCCAAAGAAUUGUACAUGCUCAUUGGACAGCAUAAGGAACUAAGAACAACUCCACUCCUCUCUGAGGUGCUUCUGCUAGUUACCUAAUGUGGGAUGAAUGCAUACUGCUCUGUUCACAUUAGUUGCGCAAGAUGCGACUGAGCUGGUCUACAAACAGUUGCAGCCAUCUCAUGUAACCACUAGGGCUUUGAUUGUUGGCAGUGCUGAGUGCCUGUGAACUCCAGCUUGCUUCAUUUGCUGAAGUGGUUUUGAUGCUGAUAUUGCCACAUUUGAUUAACCUUACUUAGCCUUUGGUGUAAUUUGGCAGCCUUUAAGGUAGGAGCCACAGACAACUAGAGAGAAUAACUUGCCUUAUAAAACUAGUGCCAUGAGGGUUAGUCAUGCUGAGGCUGGGCUUUAAGCAACUGCAGCUAGUUUGGUGCACUGUAAGGAUGUUAAGCACAGAGUAAAAUUAACUGAAUCAGAGAGGUAAUAGUUCAGUAGUUAGGGACUGUAAUUUUCUGUUGGAGGAGGAAUGGAAGAGUCAAGUACAUAUUUUAGUAGAAGAAAUCAGAAUGUUCUCUGGUUUAUUCU